AUGGGGCAACCCAAGGCCAUCUGCCUAAAGGAAGGGUGCCAGUUCCCGCAGUGGGGCAGUGUGGGUGCUGAAGAGGAGUCCGCACAGGAGGCUGUGCCAGACGGGCAGUUCUUACCAGCCUGGGCCCAGGGACACCACUCUCUGACCACCCAAGGAGCCCUGGCUUCCCCCAUCCUGGAACAAGGCAGUGCCCGAGGGGGGCUGAGCCAGGUGGACAGCUCCCCGUGGCCUCUGAGACCACAGGCUGGCCCCAACCUCAGGGGAAGACUGCUGCUUCCUGCCAUCCCCAGGGACACCCUGCCCCAGGCUUGCAGUGGUCGCUCUGCAGUUUGUUCAGCAUCUGUCUCCGUUUCCCUAUCCACUUGUCCUGGCUCACUGCCCUGUCUCACCACAGCCAGACCUUGGUUUUGGCUGGGGAACGAAACCCUGAAGGUGCCUCUGGCCCUCUUUGCCCUGAACAGGCAGCGCCUGUGUGAGCGUCUGCGAAAGAACCCGGCUGUGCAGGCUGGCUCUGUUGUGCUGCUGCAGGGUGGGGAGGAGACGCAGCGCUACUGCACGGACACCGGGGUCCUCUUCCGUCAGGAGUCCUUCUUUCACUGGGCAUUCGGAGUCACUGAGCCGGGCUGCUACGGCGUGAUUAACAUCGACACCGGGAAGUCAACGCUGUUUGUGCCUAGGCUUCCUGCCAGCCAUGCCACCUGGAUGGGCAAGAUCCACCCCAAGGAGCACUUCCAGGAGAAGUAUGCCGUGGACAACGUCCAGUAUACAGACGAGAUCGCCAGUGUGCUGACCUCACAGAGUCCCUCUGUCCUCCUCACUUUGCGCGGCGUCAACACCGACAGCGGCAGUGUCUGCAGGGAGGCCUCCUUCGAGGGCAUCAGCAAGUUCAAUGUCAACAACACCAUUCUUCAUCCGGAGAUUGUGGAAUGCCGGGUCUUUAAGACGGACAUGGAGCUGGAGGUUUUGCGCUACACCAAUAGGAUCUCCAGCGAGGCCCACCGGGAGGUGAUGAAAGCUGUAAAAGUGGGAAUGAAAGAAUAUGAGCUGGAAAGCCUCUUCGAGCACUACUGCUACUCCCGGGGCGGCAUGCGCCACAGCUCCUACACCUGCAUCUGCGGCAGUGGUGAGAACUCAGCCAUACUGCACUACGGACAUGCCGGGGCCCCCAAUGACCGGACCAUCCGGGACGGAGACAUGUGCCUAUUUGACAUGGGCGGCGAGUAUUACUGCUUCUCUUCUGACAUCACGUGCUCCUUUCCUGCCAAUGGCAAGUUCACCGAAGACCAGAAGGCCAUCUACAAGGCGGUGCUGCGGAGCUGCCGUGCCGUCAUGAGCUCCAUGAAGCCAGGCGUUUGGUGGCCUGACAUGCACCGCCUGGCUGACCGCAUCCACCUGGAGGAGCUGGCCCGCAUCGGCAUCCUGAGUGGCAGCAUCGAUGCCAUGGUCCAGGCCCACCUGGGAGCCGUGUUCAUGCCUCAUGGGCUCGGCCACUUCCUGGGCAUUGAUGUGCACGACGUGGGAGGCUACCCAGAGGGCGUGGAGCGCAUUGAUGAGCCCGGCCUGCGGAGCCUGCGCACUGCAAGGCACCUGGAGCCAGGCAUGGUGCUCACUGUGGAGCCGGGCAUUUAUUUCAUCGACCACCUCCUGGAUGAGGCCCUGGCUGACCCAGCCCGCGCCUGCUUCUUUAACCGCGAGGUCCUGCAGCGCUUCCGCGGGUUUGGUGGGGUCCGCAUCGAGGAGGACAUCGCAGUGACUGACAGUGGCACAGAGCUGCUGACCUGUGUGCCCCGCACGGUGGAGGAAAUCGAAGCAUGCAUGGCAGGCUGUGACAAGGCCUUUACUUCCUUCUCGGGCCCAAAGUAGAGCCAGCUGGGAGUGCCCAGGGGGCAGCCUGCUGACUGGCCGGCCAGCAGCGAGAGAUGGAGCUGAGAAAUCACAUGCCAACACCGAAGUCUGAUCACACCAAAUAGUGCUGUGUCCCAGGAGGAACACUUUCAUUAACUUUCUACAAGAUUACACCCUAAUCUGUUAAUACUUUGUUUAAAUGACAGUGGCUUUUAAAAUGUUAAUUACAAAAAAAUCCUGUUCUUUAGUAGCCACUAAAUUGUGUCUUACUGUCAUUUGUAUUCUUAUGCUCAGGAAAGACAGAUUUCCAAUGUUUUGUUUUGUUUUUCUCAAAAAUCAAUGCACAGAAUGGAAUUUGCAAUUAAAGGUUUCCUAAGAAUGG